AUGGCUUCAGAAAUUCAAAUUCGUCUCGCUAAGCCUUCGGACGCUGACGCAAUCGGCAAGGUUCACAAUGAGGCCCUCAACCAGUUCCACGAGUUUUACCAAGCCUUUUAUGAGCAUCCGAUCGAGCAGAUCAUCCUAGUAAACACAAGGAACGUGGUACAAAACCCCAAAAACCAAUUCUACGUAGCAGUAGACGAGUCGGACACUGUGGUCGGUUUCAUCAGGUACCACGUCGUGGAUGCGACGGAGCCGAGCGAUGCAACCACGACAGUGGAAGCGCACGAAACUCCCGCAGUCACAACUCCAGCUUCAAAUCUGUUCGCCAUCAAGGACCACAUGAAGGAGCUAUGGGAACGCUUUGGUCAUCCAAGAGAGGACCAGAUGGAUGCGUGCUAUGAGAAGGCUGUGGACGGGCGAAAGCACAACUAUAUUAAGCAUAUCAUGGUUGAUCCAAAAUAUCAGCGGAAGGGUAUCGGGGCCAAGCUUUUGCGAACGGUGAUUGAUAUCAGUGAUUCUGAAAGAGUUCCAACUUUCCUUGUGGCAUCAGCAGAAGGUUACGGUCUCUACAAGAGGCUUGGGUUUGAGGACCUAGGGACUUGGGCAAUUGACAAUGGCCGCUGGGCGAAGGAGAUAGUCCAGCAUGAACGCGAUCUUGGUCUCACUGGGAAUGAGAGACUGUCUGAACGGUUCGCCGGCACGCAAGAGGUAGAAAAGUACAUGAUGAGGUGGGAGACAAGGGGAUGA